CCCAAAUAUUACCAAGGACCAAAAUCGUAAUUUCGACAAACCUAACAAAACGACAAACGGAGAUUAAGCAUCGGGGCGGGGCACGGAAAUUGUUAAAAAUACCCUCCUGAUUCGCUGCAGGUCUGAGAGAGUAGUACUCUUGGCCCCUUAAUUAACGCAGGUCCCGCCACGUCAUUGCCCAAUCCGUUAUCUCCACGUCAUCGCACCCCUCCCAAAAAUAUCAACGUACCAGAUCCAGUCUUUUGCUCCCCCCCAAUCCAACGGCUGAACCUCCACAUUCCAGACUCUUCCGCAAUAAACUUAUCCAUGGUUAGUCAAAUUCACUUAACCAUGAUUCGCGUUAUAACCCCACUCCAAAAGAAGAGAGAGAUAGGAACAUUCUUAGAAGUAUAGAAUUAAGAAAAUAAAAAAGCUUGAAAUAAAAAUACAGAGAAAAAAGAAUUAAAGAAAACCCCAAGCUGCUGUUACUUAAAAUUUUUUUUUAUAAUAUUAAUAUUAAUAAUUGGGAAGGAGGGAAUUAUAUAGAUGAGAUAAAGAAAGUAAAGAGCAUACCACAGUACAGAGAGCUUACAGACGAGAAAAGAGGUUUUUGGUGGGCUUGGUUGAGAUUCUUGACAAGGCCCUUUUUUCUGCAAGGGGAGAACAGGAAAACUUCUUGAAUUUAUAUUAUUUGCAGCAGUUUUCUCUCUUGUGCCCAUUGCGAAUUUGGGAUUGGUGAAGGGGGACUUUUGAAUCUGAGAUUUGGGUUCAACGGUCUCUGUUUUCCGUGUGUUAAAAAGGCUGCGCAGGAGAGGGAACCGGGAGCUUUCUCAGAUCUGGUCAUCUGAUUGUUGUCCAGUGGUUGAUACAAUUUUCAUCCGAUGGGUCGUUCAAUGUAGUGAUCGGGAUACUUGUCUUUUCUCUGGUUGUUUAAAAGCCGCCAAACCUGUGAUUUGCUCUGCUUUUCUUAUUGGUGAGUGGGUCGGUUCUCUCGGGAUCUGGUGCUUGAUGAUAAUUUCUCCAUCUUGCUUAUUGGCGGUUCAAUCACGCGCGGCUUCUGAGUUUGGCGCUCAACUGAGAGAGAAGGAGCUACUCUCUUUUAACGCCAUCUCUGUUGCCAGCUGUGAGAACCGCUUUUGGGGCUCCCCUGUUGAUGUCUCCUAAAUUGGAUAGUCCUGUACAAACACAAAUGGCUGUGGCACUUUUUAAAAGUCCAAUUGCUGGGGAGUAUCACGGGAGCAACAGAAUGGAAGGGAGACCUGCUGGCCGGAGACGGGUUUUUGUCCAAACUGAGACUGGGUGUGUGCUGGGAAUGGAGUUGGAUCGGAAUGACAAUGUGCAUACUGUAAAGAGGAGGUUGCAGCUAGCCCUGAAUGUUCCUACUGAUGAGAGCUCGUUGACGUUUGGUGACAUGGUGUUGAAGAAUGACCUCACUGCUGUUAGAAAUGAUGCUCCACUUCUUCUGACCCGAAACCUAUUGCACAGGAGCUCCUCUACUCCAUGUCUUUCUCCCACUGGAAGAGAUAUACAGCAGAGAGAUCAGAGUGGUCCGUUUGAAAUAUUGGGUCGCUCUGUUAGCUUUGCCAAAACCAAGCUACUUGUCAAAGAAAUAGUGAAGGCAAUCAGGGCGGGGGUCGAUCCUCUCCCUGUUCAUGGUGGGCUUGGAGGUGCAUAUUUCUUUCGAAACAGCAGAGGGGAGAGUGUUGCCAUUGUCAAGCCUACUGAUGAAGAACCUUUUGCGCCUAACAACCCAAAAGGUUUUGUUGGAAAAGCUCUUGGUCAGCCAGGUCUAAAGAGAUCAGUUCGAGUUGGUGAAACUGGGUUCAGAGAGGUUGCUGCUUAUCUUCUUGACUAUGACCAUUUUGCUAACGUACCAGCCACUGCAUUGGUGAAGGUCACACACUCAAUUUUUAACGUCAAUGAUGGUGUGGGUGGUGGUCAGCCUCAAAACAAGAAGCUUGUUAGCAAGAUAGCAUCUUUUCAACAGUUCAUUCCACAUGAUUUUGAUGCGAGUGACUAUGGAACGUCAAGCUUCCCAGUUGCUGCAGUGCAUCGAAUUGGGAUAUUAGAUGUUAGGAUUCUUAACACAGAUAGACAUGCAGGAAACCUGUUAGUUAGAAAGCAUAAUGGUGCUGGGAACUUUAGUCAAGUGGAGCUUAUCCCUAUUGAUCAUGGCCUCUGCUUGCCCGAGAGUUUGGAGGAUCCAUAUUUUGAGUGGAUUCAUUGGCCACAGGCUUCAAUUCCAUUCUCUGAGGAUGAGCUUGAGUACAUUGAAAAACUUGAUCCUGUCAAGGACUCUGAGAUGCUUAGAGCUGAGCUGCCUAUGAUUCGUGAAGCUUGCCUCCGUGUCUUGAUUCUCUGCACCAUAUUUUUGAAAGAGGCUGCGGCAUAUGGUCUGUGUCUUGCUGAGAUUGGUGAGAUGAUGACCAGGGAGUUUAGAGGAGGGGAGGAGGAACCCAGUGAACUUGAGGUUGUAUGCAUUGAGGCAAGGAGGCUGCUUUCUGAGAGGGAAAUGCUUUCUCCCGAAUCUGAAGGACAUGAUGACGAGUUUCAAUUUGAUAUAGAUUGUGAAGAUGUUGGGUAUGAUUACACCCCCAAAAUGGUCUCAGAAGAUUAUAUGGCUGGAUCACCAUUUAAUUUUGGGAUUGGAGGUGUCAUUGGCCGUUCUCCACUUUCUAAGUUAGAUGAGAGCAUCGAGGAAGAAGAUGAGAGUGAUUUGGAAGAAGAGGACAAGGAUUUUGUUGGUGUUCCUGCACCUUCGAAGAACUUAACCAUCUCGAAGUUAUCUAUGUCACUCAAGAAUACUAGUUUUGGUGAGAAAAGCCAGAAGUUUCCCAAAUUUUCGGGGACCAAGGUGGAGAAUGGUUAUUUGGCUAAUUCAUCGUCUGGACAUAGAAGUGCAAAUGAGCAGCUUCCUGUAAGCGUGAGCUUUGUGAAGCUGGCAGACAUGAAUGAGGAAGAAUGGCCACUGUUUCUCGAGAAGUUCCAGGAGUUACUGUAUCCCGCAUUUGCUCAGCGGAAGUCGGUGACACUUGGCCAGAAGCAGAGGCAGAGGCUUGGGACUUCUUGCCAGUUUUGAGAUUGAGCUGAUACUAUUACUCUUUUGAGCAGUUGACUGAGUAAGAGUGCAGGCUAGUGGGAGUGAAGGAGUUUUUAGGAGUAGAUUGAAGGAAUGAAUGGUUUGCUUCCUGGAAGUUGUGGAAGUUUGCUGGGUUUAGCAAUAGGAGAGACUGCUGUAAAUAUUCUUUGGAGAGGCUGCUGAGCUUACAGAAGCCUAUUAGAAUUUGUUUGUAUUUUUUCCCUUUGAGGAUUUUACCUUUUUUCUUCACUCCUCGAGUUCAUGUUAGAUAAAUAAAGUGUAGAAUGAAUCCUUUUGAGGAAAAAAGAGGACCUUUUGUAAAUACGUUGACUCGUUUCUUAGUUAUCUUCUUUAUUGAUUGAUUUGUCUUUUUGGCUUAUGGUUGAGACUUGAGAACACUGCCUUCCUCAUUUAUGCCUGUUGCUACUAAGAUUAACUAGUUACUUGCUGUGUAUUCUGUUUAUGUGUUUCUGCAAAGUGUAUAUUGAUAAUUUUGAAGGUUUAACCAAAG